CCUUUUCCUUUUUGUCGCCCGCGAAACCGUCGUCGACUUGCGCGCUCGGGACUUUCUCGGAAUUAAGCAUUUCCACAAAUAGGUAAGUCGUCGAAAACGGUCUCAGCAAUCGCGUUGCGUUAAUCGGCAGCGAAGAGACAACAAUCACCAGAAGCAGCAGCAGCAGCAGCAACAAUGGCCCUUAGCCGAAUCUAUGCAUCAAAAUUGGCCUGUGCCAAUAAGAAUGCCCUGCCGGUAAUCGCUACCUUCGUGCGCAAUGCCUCCGACAGCACAGACCUGAAGGGCGUCCUGUCGGAAAAGAUUCCGAAGGAGCAGGAGCGCAUCAAGAACUUCCGCAAGCAGCACGGCAACACCAAAGUUGGCGAGGUCACCGUCGACAUGAUGUAUGGUGGUAUGCGUGGCAUCAAGGGUCUGGUGUGUGAAACUUCCGUGCUCGACCCGGAGGAGGGCAUCCGCUUCCGCGGUUUGUCCAUCCCCGAGUGCCAGCAGGUGCUGCCGAAGGCACCAGGUGGUCAGGAACCGCUGCCCGAAGGUCUGUUCUGGCUGCUGAUCACUGGUGACGUGCCGUCGAAGGCUCAGGUCGAUGCGCUGUCCCGUGAGUGGGCCAACCGUGCUGCGCUGCCAUCGCACGUUGUCACCAUGCUCAACAACAUGCCCACCUCGCUUCACCCAAUGUCGCAGCUGAGCUGCGCCGUGACCGCCCUUAACCAUGAGAGCAAGUUCGCGAAAGCGUACUCGGACGGUGUGCACAAGAGCAAGUACUGGGAGUACGUGUACGAGGACAGCAUGGACCUGAUCGCGAAGCUGCCGGUGAUUGCGGCCACCAUCUACCGCAACACGUACCGCGACGGUAAGGGUAUCGGUGCGAUCGACCCGAAGAAGGAUUGGUCGGCCAACUUUACCAAGAUGCUGGGCUACGAGGACGAGAAGUUCACCGAGCUGAUGCGCCUGUACCUGACGAUCCACAGCGACCACGAGGGUGGCAACGUGUCGGCGCACACGGUCCAUCUGGUCGGUUCGGCACUGAGCGACCCGUACCUGUCGUUUGCUGCUGGUAUGAACGGUCUCGCCGGACCGCUGCACGGUUUGGCCAACCAGGAGGUGCUGGUGUGGCUGCAGAAGCUGCGCAAGGAGCUGGGCGACAAUGCCAGCGAGGACAAGGUGAAGGAGUUCAUCUGGAAGACGCUGAAGUCGGGCCAGGUUGUGCCCGGCUACGGUCACGCUGUGCUGCGCAAGACCGAUCCCCGCUACACCUGCCAGCGCGAGUUCGCCCUCAAGCACCUGCCAAACGAUCCGCUGUUCGGGCUGGUCUCGAACAUCUACAAGGUCGUGCCCCCAAUCCUGACCGAGCUGGGCAAGGUGAAGAACCCGUGGCCGAACGUAGACGCUCACUCGGGCGUGCUGCUGCAGUACUACGGUCUGAAGGAGAUGAACUACUACACCGUGCUGUUCGGUGUAUCGCGUGCCCUCGGUGUGCUGGCGUCGCUGGUGUGGGACCGUGCCCUGGGUCUGCCAAUCGAGCGCCCCAAGUCGAUGUCCACCGAUGGACUGAUCAAGGCCACCUCCAAGUAAAGGGAAGGCGGGCAAGCGGCUCCCUUUAAUAAACCUUAAACACACACUUAAAUCACACACAACGCGCAUCCUUUGCAACUCUAAGCAUAAGUUUUCAUCGAAAUGAGUAAUUUAAACACACAAACACACACACACACACACACACACACACACCGACAAAGUAAAUCGAAAUGCGAAGUCGCAACCAAGCAAGCCACCAACUCCCGAAGAACCAACAUCAGGCAGAGCCGAACACAAGGGAGGGAAACCGGGAUAGAAUUCUAUUCGAUAUUAAGGCCAUCGCCGCCGGGAAACGUUAGAGUCGUCCGUCUCCCCGAGGAGGAGAAACAGCUAGGAGCGAUAUAGAAGUGCAACCAAAAACUACCAAACUCUGCGAUUAGUAAAUGAGUUAAAAACUAUAAUACAACACUAGCUUUUAGAGUGAUAAUAGAAUACAAAUCCCCUUUAUCCCUUCCGCGGUGUGCGGAUGUUGUUUGGCGAGAGAGACCUCCUCUACCCAUCGUGCGCUUUAAACCAAGUAAGGACAACGACGGCUAGAAACAGGUGUGUCGGAGCGACAGGAAAACGACAACUUAAAACAAAGAAAUAUGUAAUAAUAAUACCUUUAUCCUCUCUCGUAGAGAGUGUCGCAAAAGUAAACAAAAAAAAAAACAUCAAGAACAAUCUACUUACGAUCGAGUCGUGUCGUGUUGGGACAGCGAAAUACGCAGAAAGAAUUCGAUUUACUCAACAUUUCUUCCCCCGGUUGCGGUAGGAAGCGUCUAAAGCGAGCAAGAUGUGGUGAGGGGGAUCGUCUUGGCAUGUGAUGGGCUCGAUGAAAAUGAUACAGAGGCGAGUUUUUCCACACGCCCCUUUAGCCGGAAGCAAGGAACGGUUAGCAUUUGGUUGGUAGAGAAAAGCUGCAGGUAUACAAGAUCGAUUUAAUAUUUAAAUUGGUAGCUUAACUAGCGCGUGUGUUUGCUCGUAGAGUAGCGUCCGACAUGGCAUCCAAAAAAACCUCCCGCUUGGUGGAUGUGGUUUAGAGGUUCCAGCGGUGUUCCUUUCGUUUUGUUCGAUUGAGUUGAACGUACAUUAAUUUGCUGUAAGUGAGUGAGUGUGUGUGCAGUGGGCCGUCUAGCAACUUAAUUAGUUUAGAAUGAUCGUUUUGAUGUGGUGAUUGCUCCUUGGUGGGCAGCAGCCAGCCUCGCUUUGUUCCGUUACAUAAUUUGAAUGAUCUUUUUCACACGUUAACGUGCAUGCAGAUUUAAGUCAAGUUUCGGGAGGGAAAGCAAGGAAAGCACAUGCAUACUCUCUUAGCUUGGGCGGAUGCAAUCGUUCUCAUGAACGAUGCCGUGGUAUUUCGCGGUACCGCAACAUAUGCCGACCCAAUAAUUAAUAUUUAUUGCUUUGCUGAGAACGUAUGGCAUGUGUGCAUGGGUGAACGGUACGGAAGCGCCUAAUUGCCUUGCGUGCGCGUGUUGUGGACCAACAAGGACACAAUUUGCGCUCCUACUCUUUUUCUCCCCAACCUUGGCUUGCUUUCAGUUUGAUGAUUUCGGAUGUGAGUUAGAGGAUGAGUUUGUUUUUGGUUGAAGUAAAUAAAUGCGACAAAUUAAUAUCAAACA